GAGUACAAUGCUCUAGGAUCCGAGCAUAUAUAUACAUAUUAUUCAUCUAGUCAUACUAGUAGUCAAAAUUUUUGUGAAAACAUUUCAGACGAGCGGGCGCUUGGUUCGAAAAGUGGCGGUUGCUGUCGAGUGGUACGCGUGUUAGCUCUACCCUCGUAUUUUUAAUAACUUUAGCCUUAUAAUUUUCACAGGAACACAGCAGCCGUCGCAAUGGGAAUGGACGACUACACAAAAGUGGAAAAAAUCGGCGAAGGUACGUAUGGCGUCGUUUACAAGGGCAAGAACAAGAAGAGUGGACAGAUCGUGGCCCUCAAGAAGAUUCGGCUCGAGAACGAGGACGACGGUGUUCCGUCCACCGCCAUCCGCGAGAUCGCACUUCUCAGGGAGCUCAAACACCAAAAUAUUGUCAGCUUGCAGGAUGUCCUCAUGCAAGAGAGCAAGCUUUACCUGGUGUUCGAGUUCCUCUCCAUGGACCUGAAGAAGUUCCUGGAUACCAUUCCCAAGGGCCAGAAUGUAGAAAAGAAGUUGCUGAAGAGCUACCUGAAGCAGAUCCUGGAGGGGAUUCUGUUCUGCCACCAGCGGCGGGUGCUGCACCGGGAUCUGAAGCCGCAGAACUUACUCAUCGACCAGAGGGGCAACAUCAAGGUCGCAGACUUUGGGCUGGCCAGGGCCUUUGGCAUCCCCAUGCGCGUCUACACCCACGAGGUGGUCACCCUGUGGUACCGGGCGCCCGAGGUGCUGCUCGGUGCAUCCCGCUACUCCACCCCCAUCGACAUCUGGAGCAUCGCCUGCAUCUUCGCUGAGAUGGUCAACAGGAAGCCCCUCUUCCACGGCGACUCGGAGAUUGACCAGCUCUUCCGCAUCUUCAGGACCCUCGGAACGCCGACAGAGGAAACGUGGCCGGGAGUGGCCAAGCUGCCAGACUACAAGCCCUCAUUUCCCAACUGGAAGGAGAACAUCCUCCACAGCCUGCUUGGAAAUGUGGACACCAAGGCCAUCGACCUCAUUGAGAAAAUGCUGGUCUACAAUCCACUGCAGCGCAUUUCUGCACGGGGCUGCCUACAACAUCCAUACCUUGCCAAAUGAAUGGCAAAAGCCCCGCUCCUCCAAUAGGGGUCUUCCCCCCUAUUUUUUAGUAUUGACAACUUCUACUCCGCUGAGGGCCCGUCGGUGAAAGAUGCUUGUCUGAUUUUAAUGUAUUUUUUGUCUGCGUACGAGAUUUUUUUUUUUAUGUCUGUAUGAGAUUUUUUUUUAGUGUUCCAGAGAUAUGUAUUGGACAGAAUUUGAUGUAGACUCGCAGUGGCCCUAUGGAGGACAUUCUCUGUAGGCUUUUCUUUUUCCUAACUGCUCGUGCAGCUUUAUGCUUUAGAUGAAGUGGCGUGAAUGUUUUAUGCUGUCGUGCAUGAAUGGCUGUACCUAUUUUCACGUCUUUGCGCAUUAAGUUGGAGGAACGUGUGGCGAAAGCUCGGGUGCUUAUGAGAGUAGGUACGGCAAUUUGUUUGCAAUGCACAAGAUAUUUGCAGCAGCUUGUGACCAAAAUGCAAGGCUGUGGAAGGAGGCCAGAAAAGUUGGGACUUAAAUUGCCAAUAGAAAAAAAGAAGAGAUCUGCUGCCUAGUUGUGCAUAUUUUCGAAAACGUGAAGUAACUACAUUUUGUCCAACUGUCUCGUAAGAGCAGAAAUGCAGAAACAGUUCAGGUUUUAAAACAGAUGGCACACUUUGUUCUAUUAAUCUUUCUUUUCUGCUCGACAAAAAAAGAAAAAAAAGUGUCCAUUGUGAAAUUGUUUUUAGAUGCAAAAACAAACAAGUACUUCAUUUCCUAGUGUCUUCUAUCAAUCUUUAUAUUGAACCGCUCCCUCGCUUAAUUUUGGGUAUGUUUUUAAACAGUUUUAUCGAAUGUCAUAUGAUAUCCAACUCGUGUGCAAAUUUUAAAAGUCCAUCUUUUAUACAAGUCUAUAACCUCCAGCUCAAUAAACGUGACUAGCAAUUUUGCUUGUUGAUAUUCCUUUGCAGUAUUACAGCGGUUGCGUUUCUUAACCGCAAAAGUAAACUGUGCAUCGCCAAUUGCUCAUUGUCUACCCGAUUAUAGCACUAGAGGUCCGAACCACAUGCCAAAGUUUUAGCACUAACGGUUAAUUUAUUAAAAAGUUGGUGAUUUUCUGAAAUUUUCAGCGAGAAAAUGGGGCCCGUUCUCAUCCAUUUUCGGUAACUGGCGCCAUAGAGCUCCAUGUAUUGGAGCUCUGUUGGCUGCCAUUUUCCCAUUCAAAAUUUUAAGAAAAUCAAUAACUUCUGAAUAAGUGCUGACAAUUUGCAGUCUGGUUUGGACCUUUAGCACUUCGAUUGGGGGAAGAAUGAGCGUUAGGCGAUGCAUAGUUUAUUUUUGCGAUGAAGCAACCAUGUAUUUUUUUAUUUGAGGGACAUCCUGUAUUUUAUUAUUUACGAUGUCUGCUGGGAUCUUUCCUUUCCAAUAGUAGAGGUGCAUACAAUUUCCUUCCCAAGUAGUUGAAAAGUCCCUUUAUUAAAUUUGCGCUUUGCAUUUCGUACUGCCAACCAGCACUUGACAGGGUGCUCCGCUGCCAUUUGCUUUCAAGCGCUGUACGAGGCAUGCGUCUCGUGCAUUGGCGCAUUGUAAGGCAAAGAUCAAGGGGCUUUAGCUGAAACCACUCGGAUAGUUCAAUGCAUAAUGAUGGAAUUAUAGCCGGAUAGAACACAAAAAAGACAGUGCAAGGGGGAAUAGCUUGCACGAGAAAAAACGUCGAAAAGGGGUAUCGCCUCUCCACUUCAGCUUUCCUCGUUUUUGCCCUUUCCCCCUCACGCAGUACUGCUACAAGCAUACUUUUUUUUUUUUUUUUUUUUUUUUGUGUGUGUCGGGGAUAUGGAUAUAUAUAUAUAUUUUUUUUUUUUCAGGGGUUGAUAUUAUACUGUUAGUCAGGCUGAGUGGGUAAUGAGCAUCUAAUAAAACUGGGCCAUACAAUAAAGAUGAGCAUUUCUAAAAGCCUCAAUUUCAUUCAUUCAGCUGAAUAAAAUGGAUGUGCAACUCUGGGA